AUGGCGCUCGGCCACUCCUGGUUGGGCAUUCGCCUUGGAGCCAUGGGCAGCAUGUUUGUCGCGGCGGUGACGGCCGCAACUGUUCUCAGCAAAGGCACGGCAUCCAGCACGGGAUUGGCGAUUACGCUAGCUCUUCAGCUGCGUCAAGCUCUUACCGUCACAAUCGGUCAGAUAAACGUCACCAGAACCGGUCUCAACGCCAUCGACCGCGUCCUCGCGCUUGCCUCAGUUCCGUCAGAAGAUGGGGAGGAGGAGGCAAGCACCCCAGAGAACUGGCCGGGCGACGGGCGAGUCGAGAUGCAUCGUAUUGGCGUCCAAUACGGCAAAGGGCUACCAUGGGCGCUGAACGAAGUUUCAUUUUCUCUUCCCGCGGGCAAGCGAUUAGGGAUUGUUGGCCGCACCGGCGCGGGCAAGUCUAGCUUGAUAAAUGCGCUUCUGCGCUUUGUCGAUGUCGCGGCUGGCGAAAUCCUGAUUGACGGCCAAGACAUUUCCCAAGUGCCCCGGAACCGCGUGCGAGAUGCCAUCAGAGUGAUACCUCAGGAUGCAUUCCUAUUUUCUGGAACGCUGCGAUCAAAUGUGGAUGUCUUUGGGAAGCACAGGGAUGACCGGAUUAUCACCGCUCUCCGAAGCGUCCACUUUGCGCCUUUUGAGCAGGAAGGGGAGCAUGUCAUUGCUGCUGAUCUUGAUCACGAGAUUCUUGCUGGAGGAUCCAACAUCUCCCAUGGGCAACGCCAACUUGUCUGUCUUGCCCGGGCCAUUCUCGAAGACAGCUGCCGCAUCCUUGUCCUGGAUGAAGCAACGAGUGGCAUCGAUCACGCUACAGAAACUGCCAUCCAGCAAACCAUUCGAGGUAGUUUCAGGGGCAUCACCGUUUUGGUGGUGGCGCACAAAGUGCUCACCGUCGCCGACUUUGAUUCGAUACUUGUGUUGAAGCAGGGCAAGGUUGUGGAAAAUGGAGCGCCGCAGCAAUUGCUGGCGGCGAAUGGCGAAUUUUACAACAUGGUGGAGAAGAGUGAAGAUUCGAGGAAGAUUAAAGAGCUUAUCUGGAGGAACAAGUGA